GUCAUUGACGUUUUUCGUAUUAGUUCUAAAACCUGCCAAAUUUGGGUGGCUUCCAAAUGUUACAAAACCCACCAGGAGGAUAUUCUUACCUCGUCCGGCGCCCCUCCAUUCUCCAAGUCCGAAAAAUCCGAUCCAGCACGAAAUUCGUCGUGUAUUUUUGUGUGCUAGGAUCGUUUCGUUCAUACAAAACUAGAUCUUAGGUGUUAAAAAUAACUUCAACCAUAAAAAAAUAUCGUUUAAUAAAAAGAUUUCAAACCAAAACAAUUUCCUUUAUCUACUCUUUGACCUAAAAGAAUUCCUCGUUGAUAAACGUAACCAAGAAUGACUUCAAAACAGUUCUCAUUUCAUUUUUAGAAAUGGAAGUCUUGGUAAUAACACUCUUUAUAUUAAUAACGUUAAUUUAUGUUUAUUACAAAAAUUCUUUUCAAUAUUGGGAUAAAAAAGGGAUUACAACCGUUGAGCCAAGUUUUCCGUUUGGAAAUUUGGGGAGUGCUUUUUUUGGAAAAGGUUUUGUUUUAAAAUUUACAUCCCUCUAUAAAGAAUUAAAAGAAGAAGGUGCUAAAUAUGGCGGUUUAUACGCUGGAACAACCCCGAUUUUUCUACCAAUCGAUCCUGAAAUAAUCAAAAACAUUUUAUGCAAAGAUUUUCAAUACUUCCACAGCAGAGGAUCGAGUUUUGACGAAAAAAAGGAACCACUCCAAGCGAAUUUAUUUAAUUUCGAAGGAAAGAAAUGGAAAGAAUGCCGGAUUAAAUCAACCCCGACUUUUUCAUCGGGAAAAAUGAAAAUGAUGUUUCACACCGUAUUGGAUUGUGGUAAACAAUUAGAGGAAUUUCUUCAUAGUUGUCAUAAACAACAAAAACCGUUGGAUAUCAAAGAAAUUAUGGCUUGCUUUACAACCGACGUAAUCGGUUCUUGUGCUUUCGGCGUAGAAUGCGAUAGUUUUAAAAACCCCAAUGCCCAAUUUCGCAAAUAUGGCCGCAAAGCUUUAACUCCCAGUUUUAAAUUCCAAAUGAGAAGAAUCUUAACGAUGAUUUCACCGUUUUUAGUAAAAUUCCUCCGAAUACAUUUCGUCGAAAAAGACGUCGUCGAUUUCUUCAUCGGUGUCAUAAGAGACGUCGUUAAUUAUCGCUUAACAAAAAAUGUAACUCGAAAUGAUUUCCUCCAAAUUCUAAUCGACACAGAAAAACAAGAAAAUUCAACCUCUACAAUCGAACAAUUAGCUGCACAAGCUUUCGUUUUUUUCAUAGCUGGAUUUGAGACAUCAUCAACUGUGAUGACUUUUGCUUUGUAUGAAUUAGCGCAUCACCAAGACAUUCAAGAUAGACUUCGCAAAGAAAUUAUUGAGUCCAUUCAAAAAAAUGGCUCGCUUACAUAUGAAGGAAUCCACGAAAUGAAAUAUUUAGACCAAGUUGUUAAUGAGACUAUUCGAAAAUAUCCUACACUUCACACUUUCAAAAGACUUUGCGUCGAAGAUUAUAAACUUGAUAAUAACCACAUUUUAGAGAAGGGGACGAAAAUUUUUAUUAGUAUUUUAGGGCUUCACCGAGAUGAAGAAUACUUUCCUAACCCUGACUUAUUUAACCCCGAAAGAUUUUCGGAGGAAAAUAAAUCGAAAAUUCUUCCUUACACUUAUUUACCGUUUGGAGAAGGUCCAAGGAAUUGUAUUGGACUUAGAUUUGGAUUGAUGCAAACUAAAGUGGGAUUAUGUAUUCUUCUUGGAAAUUAUAAAAUAUUUCCGCAUCAUUCUGUUAAAUAUCCGAUUGAAUUUGAUAACAAAGCCGCUACUUUAGCUGGAAAAGGAACUAUUCUUCUUACAACGGAAAAAAUUUAAUUACAACUUUUUUUUAUUAUUUUUAUGUUUGUAAAGUGAAAUAAAAAUGUUUUAGAAA